AUGAAAUUUCUCUUGUGGUUCGUCUCUGCCGCGUGCGCCGAGAUCUGCAAGAAAGUUGACCUCGAUGUUGUCGACUUUUGCAGUGAAAUUUUUAUCAAGUCUGGGCAGUCUGCAACCACCGCCUCGUGGAGGGAUCAGAAGCUGAUUUCCAAGCAGCUAGAGCAGUACGCGUCGCUCGACGGCAUGGAUUGCGACAAUAUGGACAAACAAGAAGUAAAGAUGUUUCUUUGCUUCUAUUACUUGCCGUAUUGCCACGAGAGCGGUGCGCUGGAGAGCGUGCCUCCGUGUAGACAGUGGUGCAGAAAUUUCAAGGACUCAUGCUGGCGACGUUUUACUCAAUAUGUUCCUAAGUGGCCAAGUGAGCUCGAGUGCGAUAAGCUUCCAGAAGACAGUCAGAACUCCAAAGGCUUCCAAUGUAUCAAAAACCCAGUUCAAAAGGACCCAAGCGACAGCUACCGCGAGUUGUCUUCGCUUUCUACUGCAGCUUACGAAAACGACCACUGCGUUGAGGAGUUGAAAUGUCCUCCAGAAUUUCAAGUUCGUUCUACGGACGGCCCGUCAAAAUAUAACUUCCUUGGUCUUGGCAACUGCAGCGCACCAUGUCAAGAUCACUUUUGGAGUAAGAAAGAUAUCGAGCUGGCGAAGAAGUGGAUUUUGGCCUGGUCAGUGUUGUGUCUUAUAUCCACCCUGUUCACUGUCCUCACUUAUGUUAUCGACAAAGAACGAUUUAAGUAUCCCGAAAGGCCAAUCGUCUUCCUAGCAGCCUGCUAUCUGAUCGUUUCCAUCGUUUAUAUAACCGGAUACUUCAAUGACAACGAUGUUGCGUGCACCAGUAACAAUCCUUACGAAAAUCCAAACGACCGCCUUUUCAGUAAACAUCCUACACUUAUCGUCGUGCAGGGCACGAAAAAUCAAUCGUGCACAAUUUUAUUCAUGAUAUUAUACUUUUCCACAAUGGCUUCGUGUAUCUGGUGGUUGGUUCUAUGCGUCAAUUGGUUCCUUGCAGCCGUGCUCAAGUGGUCUGGGGAAGCGAUAGAAGCACAAGCUCAGUACUUUCAUCUUGUUGCCUGGGCUGUUCCCGCAAUCGCAACCAUGUCUGUUUUAGCGCUUGGUCGGAUUGAAGGAGACCCUCUCUCGGGAAUCUGCUAUACGGGUCAAUAUGAUACAACAAGUCUUCAAAUCUUCAUCCUAUGGCCGCAACUGAUUUUCCUCUGCAUCGGAUUCAUCUUCUUGAUCAUCGGAUUUCUGUCCAUGUAUCGAAUACGAGCAGUUGUAAAGAAUGAACACCCUGGAAAACACGAAGGCCUCGAGAAGUUAAUGCUCAAGAUAGGCAUCUUUUCGUCGAUUUAUCUGAUUCCUGGUUCAAUCCUUCUCGGAUGCUACUUCUACGAAUACAUGUACAAUGACAUUUGGAAUAAAUCCUGGCUGAACAAAUACUGCAAUUAUGAAAACGACUCUCCCUAUGGAUUCACCUGCUCUUGUGACAUUAAAAAGGAAGUUGAAGCUGUUGGGCAUCGAGAACCUAACUUUACAUUUUUCAUGCUACGUUAUUUCAUGAUGCUUAUUGUUGGAUUGAGUUGUGGCUUUUGGAUCUGGGGCGAGAAGACUAUUGCUUCUUGGAAGCAAUUCCUUUCCUGCACAAGUUCAACGGCCGCACACGCAGAUCCAAUGGCGGUCCCCCUUCGUGCCAGCAUGCGCACAGAGAACUCCUACAAUCCGCACAGCAAUCAGAUGAACGCACCGAACCGCGCCCCAUCGCAACGCUACUAUCCUCCUCAUCAGCAAGGAUAUUAG